AUUUUUUUUUCAUCUCUAUAUAUCUGUCUGUUCAUUCAUUACAUAUUUUUUGUAGUCGCAUGUGAACCAUCCUACCAUCUUCCGAUCUUUGUGGCCUCUGUCCAACUAGUCUCACAAUUUGGACAUGAAACGUAAGCCAAGUGUUUGCAGCAAUAUACAUGCAGACAGUAACCACAUUCACAAACGUAGCCCUAAAAGUCAAAUGUCAGUAAACUAUCUUUUAUAAUAAAAAUCAAUCCCUUUUAACCCAUACCGCUGUGACAAUCCCCCGACAAGCAUUGCAUUCGUACAAGCUGCUUUCAUACUCGUUGUGUAGGUAAGCUUCCAUGUCUACAAGCGCAUGGUUUGUAAAUGUCCAUACUCCUUCGCGAUGGUUCAACCAACCGUCUCGUUCAAACGCACUCAGGUAGGCUUCUACCACGGACGGUGCCAGCGACAAAUCUCGACGAGCGUAUUUGUGUAUCUGCAGUGUACCUAUCGAAUACUGGUACUCAUCCGCUCGCAUAAUCCAAUCAAUUAUUCUUCGCAUCAACUCAAUUUGACUCGUUGAGUACGGCGUGGCCAUUUGCGAAACAGGAUCACCGGACACGUUUUGGAAAUGCCAUGUCGGCCGUCCAUCGAGCUGGUCCUGAAUUUUUUGGAGUUUGAAAUCGUAGUUGUGAAUGUUUUUAUUUAUUUCAUUCAUUAUAUGACUCAACGACGCGGAUUCACCAAAUAAAUCCUGAAUCAAUCCUUGUAGUACAUCCUCAUCAACACCAAAUGUUCGAUUCAUUACAUAUUGUAACACAAACUUUUGCUUUUCCGCAGUUUCCUCAAUCCGCGUGUCUCCUUCCAUACGAUUCUGUUUUGUAGUUUUAUGACAGACAAACCAAUUGGAUUCCACCGACUAAACCAAUUCUGAACCCAAGAUCCCAAAAAAAACCUAUCCUUUCAACCUUUUUUGUAUUUUUUUCUUUUGGUUUUCUUUAGCAACAACGUUUCAGUGACCUAGUUCAACAAGGCGCGUUCAGGAUGGAAACAAGAAAUCGCUUACUAUAAUAUGAUUUCCUCCUUUCCAGAUAUGUUGUAUCUUUAAAAAAAUGCACAAUUGAUUCAUAUACUGCUUCAUUUUGAAAAGAAAAAGCAAAGCUAUAAAUUAUUUUAUUUAUAGUGCUGUCCAAGUGAAGAUUACUUCCAUUAUACGCGUCUUGCCAUAUGUAACCCAAAAACCAAUUCACGAUAAUAGUAGAAUAACCAAACCAAUUCUUUUCUUUUGAAAAAUAAAAAUAAAAAAAAUAAUUCUAGAAUUGUUAGGCUCCAAGAAAACCCAGCAAACGUUCAAGUUAAUUCAUUUGUUUACUUGUUUGUCAAGUGGGAAUUUCCUGCAACAAAAACCAGAUGAAAACCUUUGAAGUUUCUUAGGAGAAAAAGAAUUAAAAAAACGAAGACAAAAAGAAAAAAACAACAACAACUGAAUCUUUUCUUUUCUUUGGUUUUGCAACUUGACUUUUCCUCUGCUGUUCUUACCUCCCUUCCCUUCUCUGCAAGUCUCCCAAACAAACAAGUGCUUCCCUAUUUCAAGCUUAUGUCGGGUUAAUACUUUUGAGGCGACUGUCGGAUUAUAAAUGUUUAUAUAAUUUAAAAGAUAACUUAGGAUCUAUGGAAGACGUUUGCGCUGCUCCAGCACCUAAAAAAGUGCUUCCAUCAUUAUUGUUACAUCCAUACACGAAGCCGAAACCAACAGACAAUGAAUUGCACCUUAGAAAGCCAUGGAAGAAAGUUUUAUGGAGAAAACAACAUUAUCCAGAUAAUUAUAUCGAUCGAUCCUUCUUGAGCGGCUUGCAGCGAAAUGUCAACAUUCAGGUAUCUGACUUUUGGUCGCUGGUGGCUGACAGCCUACCAAUCUCUCAGCACUUGUCUAGCGUGGUAAUUUUUGCUGCUGUUUUUGUCGCAAUUCAUAGAAAACGGUUGUCUUGCGGAAUUGUUGGAAUAACAUCCAAUGUUAGUGCCGUUUGUGCUUUCCUACUCUGGGACUUGGUACUGAGCAAACCUUGUCAAAGCAGAUGCUUUCUUAACUACGCUGGAUUAAUUAAAUCUUGUAUAUUGAUAGUCCUAACUCUUGUUGGUUUAUCGCCCAUCCUCAUGUCGCUCACAAAAUCAACUUCUGAGGACUCUGUGUGGGCAAUCGCUGUAUGGCUUUUUCUGGCAAAUAUAUUCUUUCAUGAAUACGCCACGGAUAGUAUCCAACCGCAUGUACGGCUCCAUAAUUCAUUAUCAACAAAUGCUGCUUUAAGUGCUUCUGUGGUUCUGGCUUCUCGUUUGGAUAGAUCAAUUGAUGUCUUCUUUUUUGUGCUUUAUGCCGUUCAUUGGUUUGCGCUGUUUCCUAUCUUCCGAAAAUACAUUCAUUUCUACUCCUUUUACGCGGAUAUGCUCAUGACUCUUGUACUUAUAAUGACCGCCUAUUUGUCCCUCUAUCUGGUUGCAUCCGUAAUCAUAGCUUUCGUUUUUCUUUCCUCCAUAUUUUUCAUAUCCUUUGUCUGUCCUAUAUGGUUUAUAAAGCUUCAAAGAUUCAAAAACGAAAUUCAUGGUCCUUGGGAUAUUGCUUUACCAAAGUUAGGUCCCAAUAAGGAUUAAUAAUCUCUAAAUACGAAAUGGUUGUACCUUAUAUGAGAGGCCUGAUCUUGAAAUACCAGAGUUCUUCAACUACGUUAGAAAAGCAAUCAUUCUACUCCAAGUUCCUUCGUUAGUUUCUUAUAAUCUUGCAUAAUUCUAAACACAUUUCAAACUUAGAUGUUUUCUGAAUUUUGAAUGACCUUAAACGAAUCAAUAGUAAUAAUAUCAAUGCAUUUCCUCAACCGUCUUUCCUGAC